AUGACAACGGAAGUACAUACGAAUGGCGUGAUACUCGAGGGGAUGAAUAACCCGGCGUUGGAUGCAGAUGCAGAUGAUGAUGAUGACUCCCGUUCUACGAACAGUAUCCCAAAUGUAGAAUAUGAAGAAGAAGCCGAACCGUUUCUUUGUGGCUGGUUUUCCAUAAGACCAAAAUGGUUGCAGAGAUUUAACACUGCUCCUGGGCUUGCCUUGGCAGUGUCGUUAUUGAUGUUUGUACAGGGCAUGGCGGUUAGCGGAUUUGCGUUCGUUAGUUUGACUUCAAUCGAGACGCGAUUCCAACUGUCCAGUACCGCAACGGGGUUGAUCCUCAGCACGUACGAUAUAACAGGCUUGAUCGCCGCUCCUAUCGUGUCUUAUUUUGGAGCCAUGCGGAACAAACCCAGAUGGCUCAGUGUAGGUGCAAUUAUAAUGGGUUUCGGAUUCUUUAUCUGGACUUUGCCACAUUUCACUACAGGGGACUACGGAUACGAGGUGAGCCAAAUGUACGAACCGAUCUGCGACUUGUCUGACGACAACUCGACGUUUGUAGAGAUAUGCGACGACGAGUGGACAAGCCUGUCUUAUUACUUCUGGGUCUUCGUUAUAGCACAAGUGAUUGUCGCCAUUGGUGCAUCGCCAAUAUACAACUUGGGCCUUGCGUUCGUUGAUGAGCAUGUCAGCACCAGGGACUCCGGUUGGUACGUAGGGGUGACUCAUGCAUUUGCUGUACUUGGACCAGUUACCGGAUUCAUUCUGGGCGCAGUGUUCCUGUCGAUUUGGACUGAUAUCAAGAAUGCUGACAGUGUUACCAUAACUCCGGAUGAUCCAGCGUGGGUUGGUGCAUGGUGGCUGGGAUUUCUGUUGUCAUGGAUACUCGCGUGGUUGGUUUCAAUACCAAUCGGGGCAUACCCACCUGAACUUCCAGUCAAGAAAGAAAUUGAAAAAGAAAGAAGAGAAACAGCCCACCAUAGUGAUCAGUCUGAUAAUAUUAUGAAAAUGCGGCCAGAGUUUGGCAAGGACGCUCAAGAUCUGUGGCCCUCAACAAAGAUACUACUCACAAAUCCGGCAUUUAUGUUCGUGUGCGCUGCCCAGUGUUCGCAGAAUCUCUUGCUGUCUGGUGCUGCACCAUUUAUGCCGAAAUUUUUGGAAAACCAGUUUUCGUUGACAUCAACACAGGGUGCGGCUCUUGUAGGAAUCACUGCACUGCCUAGUGCUGUAGUAGGCACAGUUCUUGGAGGCUGGAUUAUACAGCGGUUCAACCUAGGAGUUAAAGGGACGUUGCGGUUCUGUAUUUUCAUUGGCGUGUUCACACUGUGCGGCCUUCCGAUAUUUCUCAUCCAUUGCCCGCAACCUGACAUAGCCGGUGUGUUUGUUUCAUAUGACCCCAUAACCGAGUUGGAAGAGGUGAACUUGAAUCAUCCAUGCAAUCUUCCUUGCAAUUGUUCAACCUCAAGUGCAUAUAGCCCUGUUUGUGGCAUAAACAAUCUUGUUUAUUUUGAUGGUUGCUAUGCUGGCUGCCAGACGACACUAAAUGAAGGAGAGACGUUCUCUGACUGUCGGUGUAUAUUUGCUGAUAAUAAUACCAAUCCAAACGCAACAGAGGCUGUCUCAGGAAAGUGCAUACAGUCAUGUUCUGUACCGGGGCCUAUCAUAUUUGGUGCAAUCAUCGACAGCGCAUGCGUGGUAUGGCAACAAACAUGCGACACGACCGGCUCUUGUUGGAUAUAUGACAACUUCCUAUUCGGCAUGAAAAUCUUCAUAGCGGGCGUGAUUUUCAUGGGACUGACAUGCUUAUUUUUGGUAUUUGCCCUCGUCUGUUAUAAACCUCCCGAAGACGACCACGUAGUAAGCGAAGUCAUUCCAGGUCCAACUUACGGAAAUAACUAUAAAGAACCCACAUCUGUAGAUGAAGACAGCAAAGGAGUAGUUGGAGUUGGAUACAAACAGAAAUAUUCAGAUUGA